ACUGUGCUGCAUCAGUUUUGCUGCCCCGCCCCUGAACAUCCAGAAACUGACACCACAGGCUCAUCGGGUGGACAGAUGCUGAGUCUGGAGGAUGGAACUUCUUCUGGUGGCGGACAAGAAGCAGAGGGGACCAAGAGAGAGGGACCCAGCGAGUACGAGAUCUCCCUGGAGAAUAAAAACAAACAGAUAGAAGACUUGGAGCAGAAGUAUGGAGGCCAUCUCAUAGCGAGACGGGCCGCCCGCCGCAUCCAGACAGCCUUCCGUCAGUACCAGCUCAGCAAAAACUUUCAGAAGAUCCGCAACUCGCUGUCGGAGAGCAAGCUGCCUCGUCGGAUCUCUCUGCGCCAACCCAGCCCUUCAGGCCGAAAUCGGAAUGCAGCCCAGAGACACAGUUACAGUCUGCAUCCGGGAGGAGGACAAAUACCCUUACGUUCUAAAACUCCUCCUCCACCUCCAUGUCGCUCCACCUCUCUACCCCCGUCUCCUGCCUCGGCUCCAGCAGCCGCCCCUUCUCCUGCGCCAGGCCCGGCCCCACCUCAAACCCCUGGACCCACACUGACACAGCUGGAGGACUGCUUCUCCGAACAACUUCACUCCUUGGCACAGUCGAUUGACGACGCCCUUCGUGGUUGGAGCUUGUCCGAGAGCGCAGAGGGGAAGGGGCUAUUGAUGGACCCCGGGGCCCUUCGCGCAGCUGCAGAGAGCGCCUGUCUGCCCCGCAGUGCCAGCUCGCUGCUCAUGGCCUUCAGGGAUGUUACUGUUCACAUCGACAGCAAUAGCUCCUACACCAUCUCCUCUGCCACCACGACAACCACCACCUCUCUGGGCAAUGCAGGCGGAGGAGAUGCAGGCAGCAGGAAGACCUCGGUGAGCGGGAUGGCUGGGGGAGGCGAGUCAAUGGAGGAGCCGGAGUUUCCUGCACCUCCGCCCAGUGAAGAGCUGGAAAUGGUUGACCCAGGAUCCAGGAGGGGUUCGGCGGUGCCGGGUGCAGGAGGAAUGGAGGGGGAGAGCAGCUCAGACAGACUGGGGUCCACCUCUACUUCUACCUCUACCUCCACCUCAAUCUCCACCUCGGCCCAGUCUAAUCAGCAGCCCGCGCAGAUUUACACCCAGUACCAGCAGUACCACUACACUCAUCCUCAGCAGAUCCCCGGGGGUCCGAGCCCCGAGGCCCUGCAGGCCCUGGUUGUCUCUCUGCCCAGGGAUCGCUGCCAGGAUCCGGUCUCUUGCCGCUCGCCAACCCUGUCCACUGACACACACCGCAAACGCCUCUACCGCAUAGGACUCAACCUCUUCAAUGUGAAUCCAGAGCGAGGCAUCCACUUCUUGAUCACGCGUGGUUUCGUCCCGGACACGGCCAUCGGAGUGGCUCACUUCUUGCUGCAGAGGAAGGGCCUGAGCCGACAGAUGAUCGGAGAGUUCUUGGGGAACAGCAAGCUGCAGUUCAACAGAGAUGUUCUCGACUGUGUCGUGGAUGAGAUGGAUUUCUCUGGCAUGGAGCUUGACGAAGCCCUGAGAAAGUUUCAGGCUCAUGUCCGUGUUCAGGGAGAAGCACAGAAAGUGGAGAGACUCAUCGAAGCCUUUAGUCAGAGGUACUGUAUGUGCAAUCCCGAUGUGGUUCAGCAGUUUCACAACCCAGACACCAUCUUCAUUCUGGCCUUCGCCGUGGUCCUCCUCAACACUGACAUGUACUCGCCCAACAUCAAACCCCAGCGAAAAAUGGGCCUUGAUGACUUCAUACGCAACCUGAGAGGUGUGGAUGAUGGAGCCGACAUCCCCAGAGAGAUGGUUGCUGGUAUUUAUGAAAGGAUCCAGCAGAGAGAGCUGCGCUCGAAUGAAGACCAUGUCACAUAUGUGAGCCGCGUGGAGCAGUCUAUCCUGGGUCUGAAAACUAUCCUCGCUGUGCCCCACAGACGUCUGGUGUGCUGCUGUCGUCUGUUUGAGGUGCCUGAUGCCAACAAACCUCACAAACAGAAACUGUCCCAGCUCCAGAGAGAGGUCUUCCUCUUCAAUGACCUGCUGUUGAUCCUGAAGCUGUGCCCCAAAAAGAAAAGCUCAGCCUCAUACACCUUCUGCAAAGCUAUGGGGCUCCUGGGAAUGCAGUUUCACCUCUUCAGCAAUGAAUACUACGCUCACGGUAUCACCAUGCUGAGCCCGUUUACCUCAGAGAAGAAGCAGCUGGUGAGUUUCUGCUCACCGAGCGGAGAAGAGCUCAGGAAGUUUGCCGAGGAGCUCAGAGAGGCCAUCGCGGAGGUCAACGAGAUGGAGCAGAUACACAUCCAGUGGGAGCUGGAGAGGCAGCAAGGCAUCCAACCACACGGCCUACACACCAAUGGUGGUCAAGUGGACGCGCACACCGGGCACGGCUCCCCCUCAGGCCAACAGGAUGCGUACGAUAAAACCGGCAACAACAACACAGUAGAGGUGUCAAUUCACAACAGGCUGCAGACCUAUCAGCUGAGCCAGCCCAGCAUUGAGUCCACGCCUCUGGCCCUGGCUGCACCCCCCGCCCUGCUCAGCCCCGUCCAGGCCGGAGAGCUCCGCCCAGAAACACUCAUCCAGUGUCAGCAGAUCGUCAAGGUGAUCGUCGUGGACCAGAGCGGGCGAGGGCGGAUGGAGGCCUUCCUCAGCCAAGGCCCGGCCACCCAUCAGCUCAUCCAGUCAGCCCUGUCGACGCCCGUCCGCAUCCGAGAGGGAGACGGCCCCCAACCCCCACUCCCGCCUCCCCCUCCACCUUACAACCACCCACAUCAAUUCUGUCCACCUGACUCCCCCAUGCCCCUCCACCACACCAUGCCUCUCACCCGCAGGCGCAACUCCAGUGGCUCCCGAAGCAUCGUUUGA